CAAAACAGAAACCAAAUUUCAGAAAGCAUUUUGCCAAAGUUCAACUAUUGCCUUUGCUAUUCAUUUUCUUCCAUUGAUUAGAUAACUUCUCAAUCUCAUCUCUGUGAACUGUGGAAGAGAAAACUAUGGCGACUUUCUCAAACAUCGGUGCCAUUUGCAAAGUUACAUCAGCUCCUUCUCUUAGCAGCACUAGUAGUAGAGCUCUCUUUCCUACGACUUUGCGCAGUUACAGUCAUUCACAAGUCUCUCGCUCUCGUUCUUGCCGACUUUGUAUUAAAAGCAGUUAUGCCGAAGCUGUCAGAGGGGAUCCUAACUCGGAUGCAAUUGAUGUUGUAGCAGAUGUUAAGACUGAACGAAUUGUAGUUAUAGGAGGCAGCGGCUUUGUUGGCUCUGCAAUAUGCAAGGCCGCAGUGUCAGAGGGUAUAGAGGUCAUAAGUCUGAGCAGAUCAGGGCGUCCCUCUAAAUCAGACUCAUGGGUAGAUCAAGUCACUUGGAUAACAGGAGAUGUUUUCUAUGCAAACUGGGAUGAAGUACUUAUUGGGGCUACAGCAGUUGUUUCAACUUUAGGAGGUUUUGGUUCUGAUGAACAAAUGCUUAGGAUCAAUGGUGAAGCUAAUGUUGUGGCUGUCAAUGCUGCUAAAGAAUAUGGGACCCCUAAGUUCAUAUUGAUUUCUGUGCAUGAUUACAAUCUACCAUCAUUCCUCCAAUCAAGUUACUUCAUAGGGAAAAGAAAAGCAGAAUCAGAAGUUCUUUCCAAAUUCCCUAGCUCAGGUGUGGUUCUUAGACCUGCCUUUAUAUAUGGGAAGAGGAAGGUUGACGGCUUCGAGAUCCCUCUAGAUUUGAUUGGAGAACCUCUUGAAAAGUUAUUACGUGCAACAGAGAGCUUCACUAAACCAUUGAACUCGUUGCCAGCAUCCGAUUUAAUUCUUGCCCCUCCUGUUAGCGUGGACGACGUUGCUUAUGCAGUGAUAAAUGCUGUUAAGGAUGACGACUGUUUUGGCAUUUUUACCAUCAACCAAAUCAAAGAAGCAGCAGCAGGGGUUAAGGUGUAAGAUAAGGUCCACAUCAAAAAGAAAAAUGACAUACAUCUUGUAACAAAAUUAUAUAUGUAGAACAUGUAUCAUGUCAUACAAAACUCUUGCUUAUGAUAUCCAUAGUAUAAUGGACCUUUUGAUGCUAAAAUAGCCUAUUUUCAUCCUGUAUUUACUAGUAAGAAGAGCAAAUCAAUACUCCAUCUUGCAAAACACCAUGUGUUGGAAGUCUUGGAGAUUGAAAUUA